AUGGCUGACGGUGAAUAUAGCUUUUCUUUAACAACUUUUAGUCCGACUGGUAAAUUAGUGCAAAUUGAAUAUGCCCUAAAUAGGGUAUCUAGCAGUUCUCCUGCCUUAGGUAUUAGAGCAAAAAACGGAGUGAUAAUUGCAACAGAGAAAAAGAGCCCGAAUGAACUGAUUGAAGAAAAUAGUAUUUACAAAAUUCAACAAAUAAGUGAACAUAUCGGAAUAGUAUAUGCUGGUAUGCCAGGCGAUUUUCGUGUAUUAUUAAAGAGAGCAAGAAAAGAAGCAGUAAAAUAUUCUUUGCAGUAUGGAAAUGAAAUAUUAGUAAAAGAAUUAGUUAAAGAAAUAGCAUCAAUUGUUCAAGAAUUUACACAAACUGGAGGUGUAAGACCAUUUGGUUUAUCCUUAUUAAUAUGUGGAGUUGAUGCAUAUGGUUAUCAUCUAUAUCAAAUUGAUCCAUCUGGUUGUUAUUUCAAUUGGAAAGCUACAUGUAUAGGUAAAGAUUAUCAAAAUAAUAUUUCCUUUUUGGAAAAAAGAUAUAACAACGAUAUUGAAAUAGAAGAUGCUAUACAUACUGCCAUUUUAACUUUAAAAGAAAGUUAUGAAGGAAUUAUGAAUGAAAAGAAUAUAGAAAUUGGUGUUGCCUGUAAUAAUAAACCCUUUAAAAUUUUAACUCCAAAUGAAAUUAAGGAUUAUCUCAUAGAGAUUGAGUAA